GCCCCUGUUCUUGUAGCCUGGUUGCCGGGACCUUUGACGGGGAACCGUUCAAUCCCAGCUCCAGGCAGGAUCCUGUCGAGAAGAUAUCUUCUGGGGGCUCCAGCAACUCAGGGCACCCGAACUCCAUGGUUCUGCAGGAAGGUCGAAGAGUCACCGAAUUAUCACAACCACCAUGGGGCCCUGGGGGGAGCCAGAGCUCCUGGUGUGGCGUCCAGAAGCAAUCGCAUCGGAGCCCUCUGUGCCAGUGGGGCUGGAGGUGAAGCUGGGGGCCCUGGUGCUGUUGCUGCUGCUGACACUAAUCUGCAGCCUGGUACCUGUCUGUGUGCUUCGAAGGUCAGGUGCUAACCAUGAAGCUUCAGCCUCGGGCCAGAAAGCCCUAAGCCUAGUAAGCUGCUUCGCUGGAGGAGUCUUUUUGGCUACAUGUCUUCUGGACCUGCUGCCUGACUACCUGGCUGCUAUAGAUGAGGCCUUGGAGGCCCUGCAUGUGACGCUUCAGUUCCCCUUGCAAGAGUUCAUCCUGGCCAUGGGUUUCUUCCUGGUCCUGGUGAUGGAGCAGAUCACACUGGCUUACAAGGAGCAGUCCAGUCCACCCCAUCCAGAAGAGACAAGGGCUCUACUGGGCACAGUGAAUGGUGGGCCUCAACACUGGCACGAUGGACCAGGGAUCCCCCAGGCCGGCGGAACUCCAGCAGCUCCCUCGGCCCUGCGCGCCUGUGUGCUGGUCUUCUCCUUAGCCUUGCACUCAGUAUUUGAGGGCCUGGCUGUAGGGUUGCAGCGAGACAGGGCUCGGGCAAUGGAGCUGUGCCUAGCUUUGCUGCUGCACAAGGGCAUCCUGGCGGUCAGCCUGUCCCUGCGGCUGCUACAGAGCCACCUACGGGUCCAGGUGGUGGCUGGCUGUGGGAUUCUCUUCUCGUGUAUGACACCUCUGGGCAUCGGGCUGGGUGCAGCUCUGGCAGAGUCCGCUGGGCCUCUGCACCAGUUGGCCCAAUCUGUUCUGGAGGGCAUGGCAGCUGGCACCUUUCUCUACAUCACCUUCCUGGAAAUCCUACCCCAGGAGCUGGCCACUUCUGAGCAGAGGAUUCUCAAGGUCAUUCUGCUCCUCGCAGGCUUUGCCCUGCUCACUGGCCUGCUCUUUGUCCAAAUCUAAGGUGCUUCAAGAGAAAAGGCAGGGGAGGUUGACUUACCAGGUGCCCCUGUCCUCCCUACCUACCCUUCUCGGUUUGUGGGAGAUAGAAAGGGAUGGAGAAAGGAAGUAGUGAGGACCAGAGAGUUCUCUGAGAGAUAGGGAUGGGACAUUUGGACUAUGAAUAAUGAGAUGGAAGUGGACAGAGCUUAAGAGGCUAGCCCCAGACCCAAAGAAUAAGAGAAAGCCAAGUUAUUACAGACAUGGUCAGGGGCAUUAGGAGGCAGACUGCUACAGUCAGAGGCCAGGUACUGCAUCUAAGAGACAAGCUGACAGAAGAACAGAGUUAGGCAGCCAGCUGCUUUGGGAUAAAGAUACAGAGGCUAUAAGUCAAAGCCAGUAUCCUCUUGGUUCCAUUUUGCCACUCUGACUGAUUGAAGUGGUUCCUACUACUUUCUUGCUACCUACUCUUAUAUUUCUCUCUUGUCUUCCACUAGGGACUAUUGCCAAAUGGUCUCUGUUUGCCAGUUUUCUUAAUUUAUCUGGCCUCUCCUGUCCUCACCUUUUUGGGUUUCUCUGUGUAGCCGUGGCUGUCCUGGAACUCACUCUGUAGACCAGGUUGGGCUUGAACUCACAGAGAUCCACCUGCCUCUGUCUCCCUAGUGCUGGGAUUAAAGGGGUGCCGUGCCACCAUUGCCUAGCUUACUAGUCUAUUGUUAAAGUGCCAAAUACCCACCCACUCACCCUUUAGGUUUUUUGUUUGCUCCCCCCCUCAUCCCCACAGGGUUUCUCUGUAUAUGCCUUGUUGUCCUGGCCUCAAACUCAGAGCUCUGCCUCCUGAGCACUGGGAUUAAAGGUGUGCAGCACUGUGUGUUGCUCACCUGCCCCUUUUCUGAAAGCACAGUGAUGAGGUGCUGGGUCCUGCCCAGCAUCUCAGUGGAAGAGACCUAUUUGCUUUUUAUUUAGGCCCCACAAUUUGGGGUGGGGCAGAAAUGUUUGCUGAACUGGUCUGGAGUGAGAGAAAAGUAGGUACUGACACCUGACAUCAGCCACUACAGAAAGUGGACAUGGUGGUCCAUACCUAGAUAAUAAGAAUAACCUGCCAAAACUUUAUAUCCAAGGAGUCUGGGGAGGGGGGAGAUAGACUCCCUCCCCCAGGAUUAUUUUUGGGGAAGGAGGGCUGUGUAUAGGGCUGUACUCUGUAGAAUCUAUUUUACUAACUGACUUGUUUUGGGACAUGUUACCCAAAUAAAAGAUGUUUCUAUACA